UGGCCAGCCUUGCGUGCUGCGGAUUACGUCACCAGUGUCCGUGUCCCGAUGCACCUGUUGAAUCAGGUGUAACGUCACCUGUGCGUGUGUUCACGCGAGCGGCAGCGACGAGCGUGCGGGUCAAACCGUUCCCUCGCCUUCUGCUCUGUGUGAUACAGUUUGAGGGCAGCUGAUGAGCACCGGCGGGGUAUUUGUGGACUAAUAGUGAAAUCCAGGUCGACCGAGCUUUUUGUGCUCUCCGGACUUCCGGAAGAAACCCGUCAGACUGCGACAUUUCCCCCAUAUGGUUUUCUCCUAUUGUGUGUCUUUAACAGACCCUGAGGCCUCAGUCCAGCGUCAGAACAGUAGAAACAGCCACCAGAGGAGGGUCUGGGCCGAGUGUUGUCCCUAUGGAGAGCACCCCGUCCUGGACCAGUGCACCCACUGAGGGACAUACAUACCGAGAGCGCUCCGUCGACCCCGUCGAGAUUGAGAUCCAGCAAUUCGGAGUGAGGCACAAAGUCAACAAGGAUGCCAACGGCAACACAACUGGGCCGGAGACCGUGAGCUUUCUCCCCGUCAAAGAAGAGCCUGUCUCGGGGACGUAUGUGUGCGGACCGUGCGCUUCUGUGAGUAGCUGCAGGAAGCUCUUUUGUAGCGUUUUGACUUGUGGACUGUACCGCGUGUGCCGGCGCUUGCCCUGUCUCAUUUCGAGCGAAAGCUCAGCUCCCAAAGCGCCGGUGGAGAACCAGUCAAGUCCUCCGCAGGCUGAGAACGGCUUCUAUCCUGACGUCUGCAUUGGGGGCGUCAAGGUGGACACAUCCGUCAUUGAAGAUGAUGAGGAGCAUGCGUCAUUUUCCACUUCUAAAAUGGAGAUGGACAGUUCGAUUUACUUCAGUAGCUUACCGGAGGAUGACUUAAUCAACGGCAGCGGGAUGGAAGACGUGGAUAAACUCAUCACCCAGAAGCUCAUGGAGGUCUUCUCUGAGUUUGAGAUCAACGAGCUGGCCAAGUGCACCACGGACUCCAUGUUCCUGCGGCGCUCCCGGGAGAUCAGUCAGCUGAUCUCGGAUAUCGUGCAGGAGCACAGCAUGGAGGAGCAGGAGGCCGAGUGCCGGCUGGUGCGAGAGAUCAUCCGCAUCAGCACACGCAAGAGUAAGAAGAAGCCGCAGGUCAGGCCCCAGGAGCUGCAGCGGGACAGCGGCAAUGACACCUGGAACAGCAAGAGGAACAGCCAGAAGAGCAGCUCCAACUCCAUGAGUGAUGGAAAGUUGCAGAUUUCAGUGGAGAGGUCAGAUGACAUUGAAGCCAGGAAGUUACGCAACAACAGCAGCCGGUCGUUCUCUCCGAGUUUGCAGGAAACCGGUGUGCGGAUCACAUCGGACACUCCUUUACUCCCCAGCAGCAUACGAGCGUGAGAGUGUCCUACCAGACAUGCAUCAUUUUCAUUCCCACACCUCCAGAAAUGAUGAAGAACAUGUCCUCUGGCUCGGAGUCAGUGGCUGAUUUUGAAGUGUACCCCUAAAACUUGUGAUUUCAUGGGUAGUUUUUUAACAUAUCUGAAAUGGUAGGUGUAUUUAUGCUUCUAUUUCAUAUUUUCUGUGUGAAGUAUCUCAACGCUGCGCUGUCUAGAAGACACAAGCCAACAAGUGGCUCGCUGAGAAUGAAGAAUAAGAAACAGUCUGACCUCUUUAUUGCCAACAGAUGCACAUAAUAGGCCUGGUUCUUUCAUAAUGAUUCAACUUUCCAUUCAUUUCUGCCUUUUCAAGAGUUAUUUCAUCCAAAAAGGAAAAUUCUGUCAUUUAUUAACUCUCAUGCCAUUCCAAAAUCCGUAUAGUUUUCCUUCUUUCAUAAAACACAAGUGGUGAAUUUGUGAGGAAUGUCCUGGCCACUCUUCAGUAUAUUGAAACGCUCACAAAAAAGCAGUUGUGUUGAUGUUUGGUCACAACACAUACAAAACACAAUGGUUUUUGAAGGCUUGUAAUAUAGCUAAUAAGUCAUAUAGACUACCUUUAUGAUACUUUAGUGGCAUUCCCAAAGAUUGCCCAGAUAAUUAUUCAGAAAAUUCAGCUUUGUGUUGCACAGAAGAAACUAAGGGUGUGCAAAGUAAGGGUUAAUAAU